UCUUUUGUCACCUUGACAUAAUAUAGAACUGGCUAUUGUCUUGUAUAAGCACUGGCUUGUGUCGCUGACAUUAUAAAACGUUUAUAUACAAUCAUUUAUGAGCAAAAGUGUGGACGAAAUGUCGUUACUUUUCUGACUGCUGACGGCAAGGGAGCAGCGAAGGAGGCUCGAUUUGAAUUUGGAACGCUUUCCCGCGAGAUUUGGGCUUGUGCAGUUGUGCGACUGCCACGUCUCGGCUUGCAGCUACAGGUCGCAUAAAACAUAGCACAAAACACAUAAAACAAGACACUCCACGCAGAGGCAGUCGGCGCGCAAACAGUGGGAAUAGUGUCCACGCUCCGGUGAUACUAUGGGGUGCCGACAUGUGCUGGCGGUGACACUCGCCACAUCUGCAAUCCUGCUGCUCGCCUUCCGUCUGAGUGACGCUCACGGCCACUCGCACGAUGACCACGGCCAUGGCCAUCACGGCCACUCGCACGAUCACCACGGCCACGCCCACGGCCAUCACGGCCACUCGCACGGAGAGGACCACGGCCACUCGCACGGCCAGGAGGCGAAGAUGUACCACGGCGCCAGCAAGUGGAGCGCUGAGGCCAACCUGUCGCCGGAGGAGGAGGACCAUGUGCAUCACCACGGGCACGCACACGACCACGCACACGACCACGGGCACGCACACGACCACGGGCACGCACACGACCACGGGCACGCACACGACCAUUAUGAUAAUGUUGUUCACCCAGACAAGAGCGAAGAGCCCAGACAUGGAGGACUGAAGAGUGAUGCAGAGAAGAGGACCAUGACAGAAUUGUGGAUGCAGGCGAUCGGCGCCACACUGCUCAUCAGUGCCGCGCCUUUCCUCAUCCUCUUCCUCAUCCCAGUGCAGUCCAACAGUGACCAGCACCAGAACCUGCUCAAGGUGCUGCUGAGCUUUGCGUCGGGCGGCCUGCUAGGCGACGCCUUUCUCCACCUCAUACCACACGCUCUAGAGCCGCACUCGCACCACGGCGACGAUCAUGGAGACUCGCACGACCACGGCCACUCUCACGGCGCCGCCCAUGAUCACAUGAUGUCCGUGGGACUGUGGGUUCUUGGCGGCAUUAUCGCCUUUCUGGUUGUGGAGAAGUUUGUGCGUUUGGUGAAGGGAGGACACUCGCACUCGCAUGGUGCCAACAAGGAAAAGGACAGCGACGGAGAGGAAGAGAAGAAGAAAGAAAGCAAAGGCAAAAUGGGGGCAAAGAAGAAAGAGAAGAGUGCAGACAUCAAGGUGUCGGGCUACCUCAACCUGGCGGCGGACUUCACUCAUAACUUCACCGAUGGCCUAGCCAUCGGCGCCUCCUUCCUGGUGGGUCCAGCGGUGGGCACCAUCACCACCAUCACCAUCCUGCUGCACGAGGUCCCGCACGAGAUCGGCGACUUCGCCAUCCUGGUCCAGUCCGGUUGCACCAAGAAAAAGGCCAUGUGUCUGCAGCUGGUCACGGCCUUGGGAGCUCUGGCUGGCACCGCCUGCUCGCUGCUGGCGGAAGGGGUGGGCGCCGCGGCGACCGCCUGGAUCCUGCCCUUCACCGCCGGCGGCUUUGUCUACAUCGCCACGGUGACGGUGCUUCCAGAACUGCUGGCGGGGCGCUCCAGUUUCAGCCAGUCUUUGAUGGAGAUUCUGGCCCUGCUGUUCGGAGUGGGCAUGAUGGUUCUAAUCGCAGAGUACGAGUGAGAGAAAAAAAAAAGUUUUAAUUUGUUUCAAUCUUUUUAUCGCGUUGUGGGACAAACAACUUUUGGUUGCCUUUGGCGGUGUCACCUUUUAUUUGUAUGAAAAAACAUCAUGCUGGGGUUUUUUUGGUUUGCUGUGAGGAACCAACCACAUGGACACGUCUUGACGGGACUUUUAGCACUUUCUCACGCUCAUAAAUUGUUCUGCAUUUUUGGCUUUUGAGGCAAUGAGGAAGCAGAAAUGGACAGAAUUCACAUAAUAGGUCAAAAAAGUAGUCAAAGCACCGGAGAUGUGUUCUCACGUGAAGUUUGGCUAUGGCAAGAUGGACCAAAAAAAGUACACUAAUGUCUGCAACUGUGACCAACAAUAAAAGCUGAUAACAUUCAAAA